AUGACAGACGACCAAGACCUACAAAUGAACUCGUUAGACUACCAACCCGCAAUCCGAAAACACUUUUCUUCCCAGGGGGUCACAUACAAAAAUCAUUUCGUAACAAUGUCUGUAUGUUGUCCUUCACGGGUUUCGUUAUGGACGGGCAUGGCGGGGCACAACACCAAUGUUACAGAUGUCUCCCCACCAUUUGGUGGUUAUCCGAAGUUCAUAGAGAGAGGAUUCAAUGAUAAUUACCUGCCUGUUUGGCUUCAGGAAGCAGGGUACAAUACCUACUACACUGGGAAGUUGAUGAACUCUCAUUCCGUGUCAACUUAUAACAACCCAUAUCCAAAUGCUUGGAAUGGAUCCGAUUUCUUGAUCGACCCAGGGACAUACGUCUACAACAACGCCACAAUGCAGCGCAACAGAGAACCCCCAAAGAAUUAUCCCGGGCAGUACAGCACAGACCUUAUUACUAACAAAUCUAUUGGCUUCCUCGAAGAGGCGGCAAAAUCACAUGCACCGUUCUUUCUUGGAGUUAUGCCUAUCGCUCCUCACUCAGAAACCACCUUUGAGGAUGGCAAGGCUGUCUUUAACCCACCUGUACCUGCGGAGCGAUACAAGGAUUUGUACCAUGGGGUCAAGGUGCCACGCACGCCAAAUUUCAACCCUGAGAUGGUAAGUGGUGCGAGUUACGUGAAAGGCUUACCACGACUAAAUGAUACCGUUCUUGCUUAUAACGACGAAUUCUAUCGGCUUCGACUUGCAACGCUCGCAUCUGUUGAUGACCUUAUCGAGGCAGUGGUGAACAAACUCGAAGCUAUGAAUGUCUUGGAAAACACAUUCAUCUUCUACACUGCAGACAAUGGCUUCCACAUUGGUCAACACCGUCUCAGCCCAGGCAAAUGCUCUUCAUAUGAAGAAGAUAUCAGCGUACCUAUGUUCAUUCGUGGACCAGGUGUGCCCAAAGGCCAUACUAUUGAGCUCCCAACUACCCACACCGAUAUUGCGCCUACAAUACUCAAACUCGCGAACAUUCCACUGCGAAAGCAAUUUGAUGGAACACCUAUGCCUAUAGCUACUGCGGACAUUGAAGAUGCCAAAAUCGAGCAUGUCAAUGUGGAGUUCUGGGGUCCAAGCCUCGGCGAGGGACUUUACAGCGGUAAUGCCAAGUUACCAAACAAUACAUAUAAGAGUCUGCGCAUUGUAUCGCCUGAUUAUGACAUAUCAUAUACAGUAUGGUGCACUAAUGAACAUGAGCUCUAUGACAUGAAGACCGAUCUUCACCAGAUGCACAAUCUAUGGGGAUCAAAUAGCUCAAUCGGAAAUUUCAAGAUCGAUGCUUUGCAAACGCGACUUGAUGCACUCACCAUGGUGCUCAAGUCAUGCAAGGGCGAGGUAUGUGUGAAACCGUGGAAAACCUUGCAUCCCCAAUGCAAUGUCAACACACUAGGAGACGCCAUGCACGAGAAGUAUGACUAUUUCUACUCAGUGCAGCCAAAAGUUUCUUUUGAUAUGUGUGCUUUGGGUUACCUUCUCGAGGUUGAAGGUCCGCAGAAGGCGAAUGUAUUGAGUAACGAGUACUCCUAUAGAGACAACACCCAUUGGAGCGAUUGGGCUUAG